AUGGCUACCAUGUGAAAAAUAAAUUAGUCGCAUUACAGUUUGUAAACAAAUUUCUAUUUAGUUUUUACGAUAGUUUUGUUUCGUGUUACCAGCGAAACUUAUCAGCAGUAAAAAAAUAUAUUUCUUCGAUGAAAUUUAUAAGAAGUACGUGUGGUAGUGAAACAUUCAAGUUUUUAAAUAUCUCUAACUGCAAUUCAAUGUCUAUUCAAUGUGAUCUAACGGAUUUCUGGAAAAUAAAAAUAUACUUGUAUGCUAAUGUUCUACGUGAUUGUGAGAUACUUUUCAAAUGAACACUAAAUAAUGGUAACCUUAUUUUAUGAUCUAAAGAAAGUUCCAUAUUAUAAAAUAGAGCUAUUUUGAUAAACAUAUUUUGGAUUAUUUCUAGUUUUAGAAUUACUGUAAAUAGCUGUGAAUAAUUAUUUGUACCGAAAUUUAUUUAAGAAUAAAAAUGAUAAUUAGUUAUACAAUUGUAAGCUCCUAUAUGUAAGUUGAAAAUAGUAAAUAGUUUGUAUGUUUUGACUGAUUAACUUAACCUAUUUUUUAGAUAUACGUCUACAAUUAAACAUAUCGAUAAGUAACAUUUAUACACUUGAAAAUUAUUGUGCUAAAGUGUGUUAAUAACAAGAAAAGAAAAUUAUUCUUUGUUAAUGCCAUGAGUAAAGUUAGAAAAUAUGCAUUUAAAAAUAUAUUUUUAAUCAAAUUUUUUUUCUAAAAAGGUAAUAAACGAAUUUUAAUAUAUGAUUUUAUAUUGCUUAUUAUAUUGAUGAUAAUUGUUUACAAAUUAUUUAAUUUUACCAUAUUUAUAAUACUAAUUAGGUAUUUAAUGUUACAGAUUAUACUAUGUUGAAGUAUUAAAUAAAACAUUCAUGUGAUAAAGAUUCUAUGUAUAAUAUUGUAUUGCAUCGUUUGUAAAUUAACCUCAAUGGAUUCCAUUGAAUUUGAUGCAAUUAUAAGACAUCCAAGAAUUAUAAUUCACAUAGAUGUUGACUGUUUUUAUGCUCAAGUAGAGAUGCUAAGGCAUCCAGAGCUACAAGGAAAACCAUUGGGAGUACAACAAAAAAAUAUAGUAGUAACAAGCAAUUACUUAGCACGAGAAUAUGGAAUUAAAAAAUGUAUGUUAGUGCAGGAAGCUUUACAGUUGUGCCCAGAACUGGCCUUGGUAAAUGGUGAAGACUUAACACACUAUCGUCAUUACUCUGGUAAAAUACUGAAGAUAUUGCAUCAGUUUACUCCAUUAGUUGAAAGGUUAGGUUUUGAUGAUAAUUUCUUGGACGUAACAUCUAUUGUACAAAAAUAUAUGAAUUCCGGGAAUGAUUCAGAAUUGAAUAUAAGUAUUAACAUGGAAGAUGAAAAUCCAGUUGGCAAAGUAUUUGGUCCCUCCGAAGAAGAAUGUCCUUGUGGUUGUCAUGCUAGAUUAAUUAUAGCUUCCAAAAUUGCAGCAGAAAUAAGAGAACAAAUUUAUAAAGAUUUACAUAUUACAUGCAGUGCUGGAAUAGGACAUAACAAACUCUUAGCAAAAUUAGUGGGUUCAUUGCAUAAACCAAAUCAGCAAACACUAAUAUUCCCAUGCAGCGCAGCUAUGUUAUUAUCUACCAUAGAGUCUAUAUCUAAAAUACCAGGUGUUGGACAAAAAACAACACAAUUGUUAAUGUCCAAUAACAUAAAAACUAUGGAUGAUUUACGAAAAACACCUUUAGAAACAUUAGAGAAAAAAAUCGGUAUUGACCUGGCACGAAAAUUAAAAGAUAAUGCCGAAGGUAUCGACGAGACUGUUGUAAAACCAACAGGAAAGAGACAGAGUAUAGGAUUAGAAGAUGGCUUCAAGAGUGUUUCUUUGAUAGCCGAAGUAGAAUCACGACUAGGAGCACUUUUGAGAAGAUUAACGGAAUUAGCUAUGGAAGAUGGAAGAAUCCCUGUUGCUAUGAGAUUAACAGUCAGAAAGCAUGAUUUUAAUAAAUCAGCUUCGGGUAAAAGAGAAACCCGGCAAUGCGCUUUACCAAAACAUCUACUGCCUUCUUCAAAAUCUGGAGUUUACGAUCACGCUAAAAUGCUAGCAUUAGCAAUGAAACUGUUUCAUCGUACUGUCGAUGUUUCUAAACCAUUCCAUUUAACUCUUUUAGGCGUUGCUUUCACGAAAUUCGAGGAGAGAUCUUCCGGAAAAAAUAGUAUUACAUCUUUUUUGCGAAAACAAGUCGCUGUUCAAUCCGUCUUAGAUAUAAGCUCGGAAGAAGGCGUUUCCGACAUCAAUCUCGGAUCACCAAUGAGUGUGAAUCAAGAUAGUAACGACGGUUCUGCGAUGAGUACCACUUCAUCUCCAAUUUCCAAAUCAAUAGGUACUAACAACCAGAUUGUGGACGACGAUGUUUUGAACGAAAUAGAGCCUUUACCAAAAAAGACCAGAUUAGAAGUAUGGUUAAGUGGACGUAGAGAAUCUCCAAGCAACGAAAUGGCUGACCUUCGACUUAGUCCUUCAUCACCAAUGCAAUUGUCUCCAAAAAUUGAUGCGGCCGUUCUUAAAUCUUUACCAAUUGAUAUACAAAGAGAAGUGACUCGUUCUUGGCCGACAACUAGUAAACCAAAAUCGAAUAAUAUACUUAAAUACUUUAUAGCCAAUAAGUGA